AUGACUGUCGAGAAAACAACGAAGAAAAAGACAUCGUCCAAGAAGACGAAGACAACUGGAACACCUCCGUCUUUUGUUGCAGAAGAAGAAAAGGACGACGCAAAAACUCCUACGAAAGAACAACACUUUUUACCAGAAGAAGAAGAACAACAACAACAGAUGAUGCCGAGUAGUGUCGUAAAAAAGUUACCCCAAAUAACCGUCGCGCGUUUGUUAAACGAAACUCAGUUAGGCGUCGCCAUGCACAAACGCAUCGUGAGACAAAUGACAGAAUUACGACACGUGAGCGGUAACGAGAAGUUCUUACAGGACGUGUGCACGUGCUUGUUGCACGUUUUAUUGGAAUACAAGAGAGACUUACACACGGAACGGGUGAUUCGAUUUAUAAUCGCAUUCACUUCACACCGAGAACCAGGCCACGAGGAGGAAGCGGACGAGUUUUGCGAAUCUUUGAUUCGGUUUUUGUUGAACGUCACCGCGGCGAAGGAUCGAGCGGUUCGGUUUCGAGCGUGUCAAAUGGUGGCGGGGAUUUUGAACGCGCUCGGACCAGAUGCGGAGAUUUCGGACGAUUUAUACGACCAGAUGGAAGAGACGAUGUUGGAAAGGUUGAGAGAUAACACGCCAGCGGUGAGAGCGCAAGCGGCGAGAGCGUUAUCGAGAUUGCAAGAUGGCGGGGAAGACGCGGAUUUCAGCAACAGCGAAAUUACCACGGCGUUUAUCGAGUUGAUCGGAGGCGAGAAGAAUAAAGACGCGAGGAAAGCUAUUCUAGGCGCGUUGGCGAUUUCUGAUCACACGAUUUCCGUGGUCGUGGAGAGAACGAGAGACAUUUCCGAGGAAGUGAGACGCAUCGCGUUUUUGGCGUUGGCCGCGAAGGUUCCGGUGGAAUCCGUCUCGAUCGAACAUCGCGCGUUGGUAUUGAGAAGAGGCUUGAAUGAUCGAUCGAUUUCAGUGAGAUCGGCAUGCGUUGACAUGCUCAAGAAGUGGAUGUCCUCGAGCGUGUGUGAGAACGACCCGAUUAAGUUGUUGAAAUUACUCGACGCGGAGUCGCACCCGAACGUUUCGGAGAUGGCGUUGAAGACGUUGAUUGAAACGAAGACGGUGAAAGCGAUGGCGUACGCGACCAAGGAGAAGAGCGAAACGAGCGGGUUGCGUAGAUUCUUUCUCAAGAAAUCAGAAGAAGAAGAAGAAGAAGAGAAAGUAAGUGUGGUUGAGCUCUUUUCGCCGGAAGAGGCGUUGUUCUGGCGCGUCAUCGUCGAAGCGCUCGCGAACCAAACGUCGAGUUCAGGGAAGGACACGUCUCUCGCCGUCGGUCAAGCGCGCGCGGUGCUCCAAGCCGAAACCGAAGAAGUCGAAGAUGCUUUGGAUCAGUGCUUGCCAGAAUCCUCGAUGGAUUUGCUCCGCGCCAUUUCUAUGCACGCCGACGGGAAAACAACGUCCUCGGUCUUUGCGGCGAGACAGUUGAUGAUGACGUUGAACUGCUCGGAUAUGAACGACGGCGCCUUGCGAAGAGGCGCCGCGACGCUCGUCUACGAACGAUUGAGAUCGAUUGGCGACUUAAACGACGAAAACGACGUUUCGUGUUACGCGCGAGGUGGUGACGGCGAGUGGGAAAAGCAGUUGAUUGACUUGGCGAAGCGCGUGCACGACGACAACGAACACGUCGCCGUCGUCUUGGGCGCCUGCGACAGUCUUCGAGGCACCGUUACCGAUGAAGAGAACAACAACAAAAACGACGACGACGUAAACGACGACACCAACGUCUACGCUGAAACGCAAGCGCUCUUCAUCGCCUCUUCGCUCUUUGAAACGGCGAAUAACUCGUCGUCAUCCAAGCUUCCCGCGCACGCGACUGAAGCUGUCAUGCAGUCGCUCGUUCGACCGGCUGUCGCGCACGCGUCCGCCGGCGUUCGUCGCGAAGGUAUCAAGUUACUCGGAUUACUGUUAAUGUGUGGAACGAACGCAUUGACGGAAGAAACGGUGCAAAUCUUGCGUACGGCUGCUGAUGUUGAUCCAUCGGAGCCGGUUAAGUGCAUGGCGUUGCGCGCGCUCGGUGAUGCCGCCAUGUUAUACGGACCGAAAGCGUUGGAUGCGAGACGAGAUAUGCCGGUGCCAAAGAAGGGCAUUCACGUCCGCUUUGACGACGACGACGACGACGACGAAAGAGAAGAGGAUGAGAAAGAAAAAGAGAAUAACGACGAUGCCGACGCCGACGCCGACGGCGAAGAAAAUGAAACCGCCGGGUACCAGCUCACGUUGGAAAAGCAACUUCUUCGAAUCAUCGAGUCGGCGUGUGAACCGUUUGAAAACCCGAAGGAUAAAACGGAUCUGGAAGAACUGGACGCCGAAAACAUCGACGCGAUGAAUGAAGCGGCGUUUACUGAAUCUGAGAACUCCGCGCAAACCAUCGCGUGCGAAACGCUCGCGAAACUCGCUUUGAGAAGAGGGUACUACGCCUUUGAGCAACCGUCUUUGGUCAUCUCGACGCUCUUGGGCGCCAUCUUUGCGUGCAACGCGCAAGAAACGCCCAGAUUGGCGCAAUGUCUCGCGGUAUUUUUCCCAGCCAUCGCGUCUGCACCAGAUGCAAAGGUCAGAGCGUGCUUGAUCGAUGCCGUGUUACCGUCGUUGAGAAUGGCGAGUCAAAAGAAGGGCGUCGCGAAAGUUGCCGCCUUUCUGACGUCUCUCUUAGAACUCGAGACGGGAAUAUCGUCGUCAUCCAACCACAAAGAAGGAGGAGAUGAAGCAUCGAACAGCGAUACCGACAAGAACAAGAAUUUGGAUGGUGUUAUCGAACGAUCUGAUGCCGGUGAAGCCGAACUCGUUCGAUCGCUUUCGAUUGAAAUCUUGGCGUUGAACGCGAAACCGUUCGGCACCGGCGUCGCCGGAGCGCAAGUCAAGGCGUACCACGCCGCCAUCUCCAGGGUCUUGUCUAGAGUACCGAUUCCGGAUGUAAAAUCAAUGUUAACAUCUCAACCAAACGAUGGUAGUGCCGUUAAUGGAAGCAUUGUUUCCGAGGAGACGAAGCAACGCGUUACUUUGCAAUUGUCCGAAGCGUUCGUCGCGAUGAAGAUGGCGACGAAGAAAUGUCCGAAGGAGAAAAUCGCCUUGAAAGAUAUCAACAUUGCGAAAGAUAGAAUUCACGAUUCGUUGGGCGUUUCCUCCUCGUCUUCUAGUAACAGUAACAACAUCAACAACGACAACGAAGAAGGUGAAGACGAAGUGGAAACCUUGUUUAACGAAGACUUACAGUUCGCGGAGUACGCAGAAGGCGUCGAAAAGUACGCGAGCGAGUUAUCGCAAAGCGAAGACUUACCAUUCUACGAUCGUAAAGGACCAAAAGUAUCAAAACUAAAAGAAAAAGUCAUGGCAGCACCGGCGCGAGAGCGGUCUAAACGAGCCGCAGCACAAGUUGCGUCCGAAAAAUGGGUCGAGGACGAUUUGAACGUGCCGUUGGCGAAGGUGACUCCUCAACCGACGCGUUCGUCUCGACGCCGAGAAGCGUUGCAGGAGUUCAACGAAUAA